UCGAAAAUAUUUUUUAUUAAAAUGAAGCAUUUUUGUGCACUUUUUGUAAUUUUUGUAAUUUUGCAAAUUUGUUCAAGUUUAAAAGUUACUUCUUAUUGCAAAAAUGGAGGUGAUAGUACUUCACCCAGUGGUCCAAAAAAUAUCGAUGUUCCAAAAGAUUAUUUUCCUAUAAAUGAUGGUGGAAGACUUUGUAAAAAUAAUCAAAAUAGUAAAUGUGAUAAUUUUUGCACAAAAUCUUGUGAAGUAGAUGGAGGUUAUUGCAGUGGUAAAAAUUGUAUGUGUGAUGGAUCAAAAAAAGCUCCUAGAAGAGAAGAUUAUUCUCAUUUGAGGAAUUAA